GUUAUUUUGGGCAAUGAUAGUAUACCAUUGGAUGCGUCUAUAAUAUCCGCACGCCGCAGGCAUAACCUCCACUGCCGAAAACUCCAAUUACAGAACCACCGCCGCAACGCCGUUGUUUCGGUCUCAGCUCCGCCCACAAUGGCCGCCGAUAGAAUCGAAAACUUCGAAGAUUUCGUAAAAGUCCAUGCUCUGCUCCUCCAAGCUUCAGGAUUGCCACCGUCUCUGCACCGCCAACUCUUCCAGAAGCUCUACUCGGAAACAUUCGACAGCGGCGAUUUCUUCCAGGUGCAGCCAUGCGAGAACGGACGGCAGAGGCGGCUUGUGCUCACCUCCGACUCCAUGGAGAAGGAGUCUCACGUGUUCCUCAUUGACCACGCCUGGACUUUUCGGCUCUCCGAUGCUCCCAAACAGCUGCAGGAGGUUCCGGGUUUGGCUGAGAGGAUGGCUUUAUUGAUGAGUGUAGAUAUUGAUAUGGAUUCCAAUUCUGAAGAGACAGAUGCUGUAAAUGGAGGCUCAGAUGAGAAGGAUACAAAAUUGGAUGUUAUGAGAAUGCUGGGGAGAGAAAUUAGUGAAGCAGAAGAGAAAGGAGAUGGCAUAGUUAGGUGGUUGGAGCUAGAUGAGCUUGGCAUAGAUGAUGAUAUGCUGUUGUCUCUUGAUUUAUCCAGCAAAUUUCCGAAUUUACUUGCGCUUAGUCUGUGUGGAAACAAGCUGGAAAAUGUUGAAAUAGUUAUACAAGAAGUUACCAAAUUCAAACACCUAAGAGCUCUCUGGCUGAAUGACAAUUCACUCCUGCAAAACUGUGAUGGUCACAUGGCAGAAAGAAUUCUUCAAGGAUCCCCAAGUUUGGAAAUCUACAAUUCAUGUUUCACUCAUAAUUUUGGUGAAUGGGCAUUGGGAUUUUGUGCAGAUGUAUAUGGAAAGGAAAAUCCAGGAUAUAUUCAUCAGAAUGACCAUCCAUUGCAGAGUGUGACUUCUCUUGACCUUUCAAAUAGAUGUAUUCACAAUCUAAUCAGUAAGGCAUUUUCACCUGUUGAAAUGCCAACUCUUUCAUAUUUGAACCUUCGAGGAAAUCCAUUGGAACAGAAUUCAGUUAGUGAUUUGCUGCAGAUCCUAAAAGGAUUUGCUUGCCUAAAUGCGUUAGAGGUGGAUAUUCCUGGCCCACUUGGAGAAAGUGCUGUAGAAAUUCUUGAAUCUCUUCCUAGCCUUUCUCAACUGAAUGGUGUCAAUGCAUCCAAAAUUUUAGAGACUGGAAAGCAUGUGAUUGAUUCAAUGCUUCAACCACGUCUUCCUGAAUGGAGUCCUGAGGAACCUCUUUCUGACCGUGUCCUUAGUGCAAUGUGGUUAUAUUUGAUGACAUAUAGACUUGCAGAUGAGGAAAAGAUUGAUGAAACCUCUGUAUGCUAUGUGAUGGACGAACUUGGUUCAGCUUUGCGUCAUAGUGAUGAACCAAGUUUCAGGGUAUCUCCUUUUCUCUACAUGCCAGAGGGAAAACUGGCAUCAGCAGUGAGUUUCUCUAUUUUAUGGCCAACCCAGAAUGUUCAAAAAGGUGAUGAGUGCACUCGUGAUUUUCUAUAUGGUAUUGGAGAGGACAAACAACGUUCUGCCAGACUUACAGCUUGGUUCCAUACACCACAAAAUUAUUUCAUUCAUGAGUAUGAGAAACACUGCCAGAAAUUGCAGUCAAAGUGUUGCUUUUCUCCUUCCAUUAAGCCCUCUAUGGACAGAUGUUCAAUUUCUAGUGGUGGACAUGCUUUACACGUUUACACAGAUAUACCUCAAGUAGAAGAAUUAUUGACACGUCCUGAAUUUUUAAUCACAACUGACCCAAAAGAUGCAGACAUUAUAUGGACAAGCAUGCAAAUAGACGAGGACACCAGAAAAGCUGCUGGAAUAACUGAUCAGCAGUACAUAAAUCAAUUUCCGUUUGAGGCUUGUCUUGUCAUGAAGCAUCAUUUGGCAGAGACUGUUCAGAAGGCACAUGGAUCUCCUGAAUGGUUUCAGCCUACAUAUAAUCUUGAAACACACCUACCUCAACUCAUUGGUGACUAUUAUGUACGCAAGAGAGAUGGGCUUGACAAUCUGUGGAUCUUAAAGCCAUGGAACAUGGCACGGACUAUUGAUACAACUGUUACUAGUGAUUUAUCUGCUAUUAUCCGACUUAUGGAGACUGGUCCAAAAAUAUGCCAGAAGUAUAUUGAGCACCCUGCUUUGUUCCAAGGCAGGAAGUUUGAUCUCCGUUACAUAGUACUGGUCGGCAGUAUGAAACCUUUGGAAAUAUUCCUUGCUGACGUUUUCUGGGUUCGAUUGGCAAACAAUGCAUAUACCUUGGACAAACAGAGUCUGUUCGAGUAUGAGACUCAUUUUACUGUUAUGAACUACCGUGGAAGAUUGAAUCACAUGCACACACCGGAAUUUGUGAGGCAGUUUGAACAGGAACAUCAAGUUAAAUGGUUGGAUAUCCAUGAAAGAAUAAAAACUAUGAUCCGGUCCGUCUUUGAGUCAGCUGCAGUCGUUCAUCCAGAGAUGCAUAGUCCUAUGUCCAGGGCCAUGUAUGGCUUAGAUGUCAUGCUUGAUUGCUCUUUCCAGCCGAAGUUAUUGGAGGUAACCUACUGUCCUGAUUGCACUAGAGCCUGCAAGUAUGACACAGAAGCUAUAUUUCGUGGUGGAGAGCCACUCAGAGCUCAGGACUUCUUCAAUCAUGUGUUUGGUUGCCUCUUUUUAAAUGAAACAGCAUAUGUCACCAAAUUAUAACCGGAGGCUCCAAGGAAAGUGCAUGUUGUAGGUGAUCUUAUAGCAAACCAGAAACUUUCCAUCACAGGGCUUGCCUCUUAUUUGUUAUUCUGAAUGGAGAUUUACUUUGUCAAAUGACUGCAAGGAUUCUUACACUAGAGAAGUAUACGAGCCAAAAUGAAAUGUUUUUCUUUA